ACUGACAACGCGAGCUGGUACUCUCGUGGUAUCAUAAGAGUGUGACAAACGACUUACACACGACUCUCGAGUAAGGCGCGCGAGACCACUUCAGAGAGUUCAUCUGCUACUAUACCUUUGGGAUUAUAUAUUAUACACGUUAAAUUCACCAGCUACUGAGAGUUAAUAAAUAUAUUUUAUAUUUCUUUCGAUAAAAAAUCGUGUGCCUACCGACAAUGGCUAAUCGUGAAAGCAAGUCGAAGUUAUACAAAAUGAUGUAUGGACAUGGGGAUAUGUGGGACACAUUUCUCAGUGGUAUGGCUGAACUAGUCGGUACUGGAUUACUUGUAUUCCUUGGAUGUGGUGGGUGUAUCGGAAGUUUAGGAGUUUCACCAUCACAUUUACAAAUAACUUUGACUUUUGGUUUGGCAGUUAUGAUUGUUAUUCAGUGCUUUGGCCAUAUAAGUCAUGCCCACGUGAAUCCUGCAAUUACGGUGGGAUCUGUGGUAUUGGGAAUGAAAUCGAUAUCCGAAGCUGCCGUGUAUAUUAUUGCUCAGAUCCUCGGCGGUAUUUUGGGUUAUGGUCUACUCAAGCUCAGCACACCAACUGGUUUUUUGUCAUCUGGCGGUCCAGAAGCUGCCUCAAUGUUCUGUGUUACGACGAUAAGCCCCCAAGUUUCAAAUAUUCAAGGUCUUAUGGUAGAAACUAUGGCGACAAUGGUCCUAAUGUUGAUAGCGUGUGCAGUAUGGGACAUACGUAAUGCCUCAAACACAGAUUCCACAUCCAUCAGAUUUGGGUUGGGCGUAACUUGUCUCGCAACUAUUUUCGGGCCAUACACUGGCUGCAGUAUGAAUCCAGCUCGAUCUUUUGCUCCAGCUAUUUGGAAUAAUUCAUGGCUGGGACAUUGGGUUUACUGGUUUGGACCUAUUGCCGGAGCUGCAAUAUCUGCUUCGCUCUACCGAAUUGUUUUCGGUCUCAAAACUCAUGACAAAGAGACUCUAACACCCAUUUCCGAGAGCAUUCAUCUGAAUAGUGUUGAUACUGAUAAAUCAGAGCGAGUUUGAUGCGAUUUGAAGAAUUUCAAAACCAAGUUUACUGAGUGCGAGUUUUGUGCAAACAUCUCAAGCACGUAAAACAGAGCAAACACGAUCAAAGAAGUAAAGCGAAAGUACACAACAAUAUCUCUAAAGUUUAAAGUCUUCCACGUGUCUUCUCUCAUCUGAGUUUGAGGAUAUUAUGCAAAGGAGAUUAUAAACGGUUGAAUCAAUAAAUAGCCUCAAGAGUUUACCGAACUACAUUAAAGUAAUAAUAAUAAUUAUAACAAUAGAAAUUAUUUAUCCAUACAUGUGCCAUCUGUUUUUAUACAUCACUUUUCUACAAUUACUUCUAUUUAAUAAACAAAUAAAAAUGCUCAUUUAUUUAGGGUAAGUUAAUAAACUUUGUUGUCAACACUCUUAACGCAUAAUCAAAUUAUAGAUUUUAUAAGAAUGUUAAUAAGUGUAUAUUUUAAUUACUUAAAAUUCAUAUUUUCAAAUAAUA